GUCAAAUUCAGGCUACAUCGGCAUCAGUCCUUCGUAGCUGAUGAAUAAAAGUCUAAAGUUUCAUCAGAGACCGGAUCAAAAUGUGUCGCGUGUCAUCAAGCCACAUGGCAGUUGUAAAGGUCUUAAACCUUAUACCCUGGCUCUGUCAUUCCAUGUGUUAGGGAUUGCUUAAACUCACUGCAAAAUUUAUGAUGCUCUGUUAAAUAAAGCCACUGCUGGCUGCAAAAUGGCCCUUGUCAUCGUCUGGUGAACCAGAUGUUCUCUAUUGCGAUUUGUUCUCAGCAUUGCCUCGUCCUUGCGUUAUCCAUUGACCUAGUCCUUCUGACACAGUGAGCGUCGACGACGUUUCGUGAUUUGUUUGGCAAUAUCGGAAAUGUCAAGGCACGACAAGGCAAGCGCAUCUCGAAAUAUAAAUUUGAAGCAAUGUUUCUGGCUAUUUACCAACGUCAUGUCAUGCACUAACCUUUCUGCAAUGCAGACCAAACAUUUAAUAUAUAUUGAAUGUAAACUGUCCGAAGAUCGCGACGUCUUGAACCAUCAUUGCAAUAAAAAACAUGAAUACAAUUUCAUGUUGAUGGAAAAUGGACCUUUCUAAGACUCAAUCAUUAGCAUUUAUACACUAGAUGCUGGAAUGGAUUGCACGACUAUUUUAACGAUAAAACGGAGACGGAUGUGCUUCUGCAGCGGUUGUCAUCUUGACGAUAUGAUUAUCAGCAAGAUUUCCAUAUUCGAUAUCCAUAGCGGUCAUUUCGGAUUGGGUAGUGAUAAGUUUUAAACGUUGCCACCUGGUUUUUGUCGAUCGUCUCAUUUCGCAAUAAAUACCACUGCUAGAUUGAAACUCAAUGAAAUGAAAUCUAGUCUGGAUGAAUGAUUAGACAUUCCUGCCGCCAAUCUGGGCGUGCAACUUUGCUUUUACUACAUUGCAAACAACAUCGCUCAUCAGUCGCUGACAGAAUUCGAUGAUCACUACAUAUCGAACGUGUUAAAAAAUUUUAAGGUUAAUGUUAACUUUAAUCACACUACAGAAUCAGCGGUGUACAUCUGUUUGUCCAAUUAUCGUCUAGCCCCAUCUCAAACAUAGGUUAUGUUCAUGUUUCUUGACCGGCUCGCAGGACCCUACCCAUCACUUUCCUUCUGCAAAUCGUGGAACCAGUUGAGUGUGUACAACCAUGUCCGAAAACAGGGACACAAUUAGUAGUCGAGCGGAUCUCAAUUUCACUCUGCGUUUCACCGCCUAGGAAUCAGACGUGCUUCGGCAUCGCUUCUUAGUUCUCGCCCAGUCACGGAGAUUUCAAGAU